AUGAUUUCUUCUUCCUCAACUAUCUCCAUUGUUAUCAUCACCGUCUGCUUGGUUUCUUUGUCCCGAUGCAGAGUGUUCACGGAAGAAUGCGUGGCUAGGGUAAUCGAAGGCUUGAAAGUUUGGGAACCAUCCUAGUUUUUGAAGGCGGACUUCAAUUCGUGUGCCCGCUUCAAUUCCUGCUGCGAUUCGCUCUGUGGCGAGGCGCCGACGAUGAGAUCGACCUGCACCCUUGACGGAGCCAAAAUCAACGCCCUGUACACUGUUUGCAUGUGGUGAGCUUCUUUCACAUGUGUUUUUCGAGUGGUUUAUUACUUCAUAAAUGCAAUCGAAGCAUUAGUUCUAGUUUUUCCCAAAAGAAUUUUCGAAUAAUUAUUAGAAUAUACGAUUUUGAGCUUUUUUUUUGACUAGGGAAUUUUCAUUGAUUUCACAGUAGGGAUGUCGUGUUUCUUUAAAAGUUCAACGGCAUUUUUAACUUUUUGCUGAUUCGAUUAUCCUUUUUUCUAUUUCUUAUCAAGCCUUAUGCAGUGUUUUCUGGCUUACCCUCAAUUUCGAUCAUAAAAUUGUACGUUUAUAUAUUGACAAAGUCGGAAAGGGUGGAAAAAGGCUCCCUAGAAAAUUUUCUUUUAGUCCUUUUUUGCUGCCUUUUUGGACCAUUUUUUCGGCCCUUAUUCCCCAUUUUUGCUGCCUCUCCCUUUUUCCACCAUUUCUCGAGCCUUGGAAAUGCCAGAAAAAUGGAAGGCUCGAUAAAGGGAGUCUCUUUGCUGCCUUCUUGCGGCCUUUUUUGAGCCUCUCCGCGACCAUUAUCCACCAUUCCGACUUCACUAGUUUUUCAAUUGUUUCUCCGAUUUUAUGUCGAAAUCAGCGUUAUUUUUUUUAAAAGCCGGAAUUACAGCACGAAAUCGCCAUCGACAGCCGACCAGCUUCCUCACGAAUCCGAAGAAUCUGAACGAAAACGAAGCAAAAUGUCCCGUCUCGACAUAAUCGCGACCAUCGUCUUCUUCUUCAUCGUCGAUAUGUUGGUCCUCAGCUUCACUUUCUAA